AUGCAUUUCCAGUUUCUCGCAGCCUCGCUCCUGGUAGCCAAUGUCUUGGGCCAGUCAGUCUGUACCAGCACGGUCAACAUCGGGUUCAGCCCCACUGCAGUGCAGGCAAUCGCCACUUCCAAGGCCAAGUCGAACUGGGAAUGGGGGACAAAUGCGCAAGGUCUCUUGGAGCUGUAUGACCCUGGUGUGUCGGUGUACAGUGACAAUGCCUUCCCGGGGGGAAAGAUCCCUAACAAGAAGACCACUGCAACAACGUAUGCAAAGGGCAAGAUCUUGACGUCCGGGAACACCUUGACUGCCAAAGAAGUCAGCGCAGGCGAUCCUGCCUCGCUCGGGGUUUCCGCAAUAUUGCUCGGCCAAUCCGACUCUACCUAUUCCGACGCCGCAACGCGUCAGGUCAACGAGCUCCUCAACAACGUCCCAAGAUACUCCAACGGGGCCAUCAGCCACCGCUACGACGCAACCAUGCUGUGGUCCGAUUUUGUCUACAUGGUUCCGCCUACGCUGGCGUACCAGGCCAUCGCGACCAACAACCAAGACCUGCUGCGGACGGCGGUCAUGCAGAUCGGCCUGUACCGUGAGGUCCUCCAGGACAAGCCCACGGGCCUGUGGAAACAUAUGGCCGGGUCGCGCACCGACGCCGGGACGUGGAGCACGGGAAACGGCUGGACGACUAACGGCAUCGCGCGGGUCCUCGCCACGGUGAGACACUGGCCGACGAGCGCCGGGGGGACCACCGAGACGCAGAACCUGGUCCAGUGGGCGAAGGAGAUCAUCGAUGGAGCUAUCACUGUCGGGCCAGUGGCCGGAAGCGGGCUUUUUCGUAACUACGAAGUCAUCAAAUUGGCUCGCACAGACACGGCAGACAUCACCACGAGCAGCAGCUUCCCCGAGGCUGCGGGAACGGCAGCGCUGGCCGCAUCCGUAUACCGCCUCGCGGUGCUCGCGCCGGAGACGUUUGCCACUUCCAGAUACACCGGAGCAGCGGACGCUUGGCGGAAGGCCGUGGUAAAGACGGUGUCGUCGAGCGGGCAGCUGGCCCCGGUCGUGAACCCAUACAGCUGCACUCAAAACACAGCAUACGACGGACCCAGUCCCGAGGCACAGGAUUUCGCGUCCCUCACCCCGGAGGAGCAGCGCCUCUUCCGCCUGUACGGCAAGCUCCCCUCGCGCUCCGACCACUUCGCCAAGCACCUCAAGGAGCGCAAGUACUUCGACAGCGGCGACUACGCCAUGUCCAAGGCGGGCAAGGGCGACGGCGUCGACACGGGCACCGUCGGCAGCCAGCACCCCGUCCCCGAGAACAUCCCCCACAACAGCGGCGGCAGCAACGGCGUCGGCGGCCCCGCCACCGCGACCCCGCCCGGCCUCACAAAGAGCGGCAGCAUCUCGGGCGCCUCGGGCGCCGGCGUCAUCGGCGGCCUGGUCGGGAGCCCCGCCAAGGAGAGCUCCAGCGGCCUCGUCCGCGAGACCAGCGCCGAGGAGGACCCUGACAACAAGGAGAAUGCCGGCGACGCCGCGCAGCAGGGCAUCCCCAUCAGGUCAUGA